AUGUCAAUUCUGAUGGCAAGGUUUGAGCACAGGUUCUACCGUAGGAUUGCGGCCGCACAAUUUGACAUUCGCUACCUCGCCACCAACACGGAGAAGUUCAACGAGGCCCACAGCCACAUCGUCAAACAGGCUCGCAUUGUCACCGACCUCUGCCUCAAGAUUGUCAAGGAGACCUGCACAGUGGACGUGUCGUCACUCUACCGCCAACUGUUAGAGAGCUACAGGUCCAGUGACUCCGAGGAGGUUGGUGAGCCUGGCCCGUCCACCAGCCGACACAGGAUGAAGGCAGCGGCCGCCAGGUCCAUGCGGGCGAUGAGAGCUUCCCGACGAGAGGCCUCGCGCCAGACUGGUCCCUUCGACUGGAAGCGGGAGUGCAGAGAGUUCUUGGAGAUGCUGUGGGCCUGUAGGGACUCAGAACCAUUCAGGGAGCCUCUAGACAGGCUGGAACACCCUGACUACUAUCGUACAGUGGACACCCCCAUGGACCUUGGUACUAUGAGGGAGGAGCUACGCGGAGAUAACUACGAGAGCCCUGAGGACUUUUGUGAUGACCUGCGUCGGAUAUUUGCCAAUGCCAAGAAAACCACGGACAAACGAUCAAGGGUAUACACAAUGGCUGUGAGAUUGUCAGCACUCGCUGAGACAAAUAUGAACAGAAUAUUAAACACCUGGAACAACUUAAACAAAAGAGGUGGGAAGAAAAGCCAAAGAAGAAGAAAACUGUUGAUGUCUGAUGAUGGCAACGGUUCAGUGAGCGAGUACGAACCUCCGAGUACAAAAGGUCCAAGAAAAGGCACAUCAUCUAGAUUCAAAUCAGUUCUCAAGAGGCCUUCAAGAUUGAGGGAGAACAGUGAUAAUGAAGAAAGCAACAAUGACAGUGAUGUGGACUACCAUCCCAAAGCAGGAGGCACAGCUGUCAACGGGUUUUCAAGAAAGCGGAAAGUGGUGUCUCGUCAACCCAAAUUAAAUGGCUCUAAUAAAAGGGAAAAUGAUCUGAGGAUGAGAGUAACAAACAAUGUAAUCGUGAACCUGAGUAACGCAUUCAACCCGAGCAUGCCUUCUACGAGCAAAACUGUGGACAGCAUAGUGGUGAAACGUGCCAAGAUGAUUCAUGUGGAGAAAAACAAUGAUUCAAGUGAAGAUGAUGAAGAAGAAGAGAUAUUAAAUCAUAACAGUAAACGACCAAACAACAGUAGGAAAAUUCAAGACUCUGAGUCGGAGAAUGAGGAAGGAACCGAAAACACCACCGCUAACAGUGCAGUUGGUAGUGACGAUGAAAAUAUGGAAGAUGAAGAAGAAGGCGGUGAAGUGGAGGAUGAAGACAGCGAGAGUGAAGAAAGUUCAGAUAAUGAAAGUGAUGGUUUCAAACCAGAUGAAGAGGAAGUGGAAGAGGAGAAACCUACGAGGAAGACAGUGAAAGUGCUCUAUCCCAAGAGAAGAUUAUCAAAAGAAACAGACAGUGAAAACUCAAAAGAGAAUUGUGUAAAUAGUAAUUACCAAAAUAGGUCGGGUUCCCUCAGGACAAGAACUUCUCGGACCAAAGUGAAAGGAAAGUAUCCGCUGCGACAGACAACAAAGAAGAAUCUAGCGGAACACAGCUCGGAUGAAAGUGAUGAAGAUUUUCACAAGAAAACACGAAGAACUAGUCAAAGAGUGGCGAAUGGCUCUGCUACUUACUUUGAAAAUUCAAGUGAAAGUGAAAACUCAGAUGAAGUAGUGGUCGAUGAUAGUGUAAACGAAGAUGAAGCCUACUCCCCCCCUCCCUCGAGUAAGUUUAACUGCCGGGGACGAAAACGACGCAGAUCUUCGGAAUCUAUUGAGUGGGGCUCGGGUAAGAGAGUCACAAACAGACUGAGAAACGGUGGUUCUAAAAGAUCUCGUGACAGUGACAAUGGCCCCAGAACUAGAAAUUUGCGAAAACGGGAAAGUGUGAGAAGAAAUAGUGACAGUGAAUUGACACCUGAUUCUAACAAUUCAGAUAGUGACAAUACACCUGCUAUCAGUGUUAGCAGCCGGGGAAGAGUUAGGAAAUUAACACCUAGAGCCAGAGCGCUACUUAGAGAUUGAGGUUUAAUUUUCAGGUAGUGUAGGUGAUUCAUCAAUCACUCAUUUUGAUAAAAGUAUAUUUUUUGUAACUAUAAAAAUUUAAAAAAUCUAUUACGAAUGUUUAAAUGUCCAAAAG